GUAACAGCACUGAGCUAUGGAGUUCCACAAGGUUUGGUGUGCUGUUGCCCUUGGAGUUCUGCUGCCUUUCUCCUGGGCCCACACGGACUUCUUCACCUCCAUUGGUCAUAUGACCGACUUAAUUAACACAGAGAAAGAUCUGGUGGUGUCACUGAAGGAUUACAUCAAGGCAGAGGAAAGCAAGCUGGAACAGAUCAAAAAGUGGGCAGAGAAAUUGGAUCAGCUUACAGCUACAGCCACCAAGGACCCAGAAGGCUUCUUGGGCCAUCCUGUAAAUGCAUUCAAGCUGAUGAAAAGGCUCAACACAGAGUGGGGUGAGCUGGAGAGUCUGGUCCUCAAGGACAUGUCAGAUGGCUUUAUCUCCAACAUGACUAUCCAGAGGCAGUUUUUCCCCAACGAUGAGGACCAGACUGGUGCAGCCAAAGCCCUUCUGAGGCUGCAGGACACCUACAAUCUGGACACAGACACCCUCUCCAGAGGGAACCUGCCAGGUGUGAAGCACAAAUCCUUUCUCACAGCUGAAGAUUGCUUUGAGCUGGGCAAGAUUGCCUACACAGAAGCUGACUACUACCACACAGAGCUCUGGAUGGAACAAGCCCUGAAGCAGCUGGAUGAGGGAGAAGUGUCCUCUGCAGAUAAAGUCUACAUCCUGGACUACCUGAGCUAUGCUGUGUAUCAGCAGGGAGACCUGGGCAAGGCCAUGGCACUCACCAGGCGCCUCCUGGAACUGGAUCCUGAACAUCAAAGAGCAAACGGGAACAUGAAGUAUUUUGAAUACAUCAUGGCUAAAGAAAAAGAAACCAACAAAUCCAGCCCAGAUGCAGAGGAGCAGCAGGAGAAGGAAACUGAGGUUAAGAAAAAGGAUUACCUGCCCGAGAGAAGGAAGUACGAAAUGCUGUGCCGUGGGGAGGGGCUCAAAAUGACUCCUCGAAGACAGAAGAGGCUCUUCUGCCGCUACUAUGAUGGGAACAGGAAUCCCAGGUACAUCCUGGGCCCUGUGAAGCAAGAGGAUGAGUGGGACAAGCCCAGGAUUGUUCGCUUCCUUGACAUCAUCUCUGACGAAGAGAUCGAGACAGUGAAAGAACUGGCAAAGCCAAGGCUGAGGCGAGCCACCAUUUCCAACCCCCUAACGGGAGCCUUGGAGACGGCACAUUACAGAAUUAGCAAAAGCGCGUGGCUGUCCGGCUACGAGAGCCCCGUGGUGUCCCGCAUCAACACCAGGAUCCAGGACCUCACAGGCCUGGAUGUCUCCACGGCAGAGGAGCUGCAGGUAGCCAACUACGGAGUAGGAGGCCAGUAUGAGCCUCAUUUUGAUUUUGGAAGGAAAGAUGAGCCAGAUGCUUUUAAGGAACUGGGAACAGGCAACAGGAUUGCUACUUGGUUGUUUUAUAUGAGCGAUGUGUCAGCAGGGGGAGCCACGGUCUUUCCCGAGGUGGGAGCCAGCGUCUGGCCCAGGAAGGGAACAGCUGUGUUCUGGUACAACCUGUUCCCCAGCGGAGAGGGCGAUUACAGCACACGGCAUGCGGCCUGCCCCGUCCUGGUGGGCAACAAGUGGGUAUCCAACAAGUGGCUCCACGAGCGGGGACAGGAGUUCCGACGGCCGUGCACGUUAUCGGAGCUGGAAUGAUGUGUCCCCGUCCCUGCCUCCCGUGCACUCAGCUGUGCACCAUGCACACAUCUCCAACAGUUUACAACUGACUAACACUCCACUCCAGGUUCAGUCUUCACCCACGCCCGAGUUUCAGCUGUGGACAGGACAGAUGUGCUUUUAGUUCCCUUCCAAUAUCC